UGUUAAAAAUUUUGWUUUUAAUGCAAAAUUUCGCUUUUGUGUAUUCGUUAAAAAAUUUCUGUCAAAAUUUUAUAAGAGGCGAUGGCCGAACUGCUAUCGCGCGAAAAGGAAUUCAUUAAAUUGAAUCAAGAGUUGGACCAGCUAAACGUCACAUCAUUGGAUCAACAACUACAACAGCAUCAAAAACAAUUGCCGCAUCAACAUCCCAAUUGUAAUAGUGUGGGAAAUAGUGGCAGUAGCGGUAGUGCUGCUGGUACGAACACUGGGAGCGCCAUCUAUAGCGGCACAUCGAAGUCAACGACUAACAAGACUGAUCAACGAUAUUUCACCUAUACAAAGUCCAAGGGCGCAAGCACUUUGCUCAAAAAGCGUCUCAACAAUGUUACAACGGGUGGUGGAUUAAACGCCAAUGGCGCUGGCGAUGGUGCCUCUGAUGUGCUUUCGGAUUUACCCACCGAACGUAACCAUACACAUCGUACACAUACGGCUCGUAAAUCGACGCAACAAUCAUCCACCUCCAAUACGCCCARCAUACGUCCGGAUGGUGAUAAUGUUUUAACAGCACACUCGGAGACGCCGAAAACCAAUCGGACGAGCAGUACAUUACAUAGGAAGCAAAUUAAGAGUCCGGAAAGUGGCACACGCCCGUAUGGACGUUCGAGUAAUUGUAGUUCAAGGAUCAAAGAGACCGCUUUCACGGUUAAAUAUCGCAAUCCGAAAUUCGUACAGAGUCCCUCUUUGGAGGUGCUGAUACGUGAUGAGAGCGCAUCGAUGCGUGCGAAGGCCAGCGGGGAAAUUGACGAUGGUUACUCUUCGCGGCGUUCGCUUGAAACAGGCCGAAAACAUAUUAGCCCCGAUGGACUCAUUAAAUUUCUCAAAUCCAAAAUAGCCAUACUCGAAGAGGAUCAUGAACGCAUUUCACAAGAGAUGACACAACAAAAGGAGCUGCUCGAAAAGACAUUAGAACGCAACAAGAAGAUCGAACAGCAACGCGAUCAGGCCUUCGCCAAACACAAUGCAAUUGCCGAACAAUUAAGCAAGACGGAGACACAACUUGAGGAGGUGAAUAGACGUAUGAAGGAGCGUAACAUCGAACAGGGUGGGCAGCAGAAGGAGCUCGAGACAGCACGCCGUGAGCUGAAAAUGUUGUCUCAAACUAAUACCAAUCUUGAGAAGCGUUUGUAUCGUGCYAAUGAAGAAUUGGAGAAUACGAAGAGCGCAUUGGCGUUGCUAAAGAAUACCGAACGUGAACUCAAAGAGUCGAUGCGUGUCGAUGGCGAGACCAAGGAUAAACAAAUUAAAAGCUUGAAGAAGCAACGUGCCGAUUUGCUUAACGCCUACAAGAAACAACUCUUUAUUAUUGACAAUCUCAAGCGGCAGAAUAUUUGUAUGGAACAAUCGAAGAUGAUUAGUUUCGGUGAAAAAGAAUUCGCAAAAGUACUCGAGUGGAACACGAAGUUAUAGGUGGUGUACGAAUGAUAUUUGUGAUAAAUGUAUUAUUUUGUCAUUCAUUACUUGUAUGUCCAUGCAUUGGCAUUAACCUGCUAAGUCCAACGAUAUCUAGUCCUUCCACAUGCGUGUGAACAUUUUAAAGAGAUAAUUUCAACAUUAUAUAUGGGUCUGAACCAUUAUUGUGGUAUUUAUGAGUAAGUAAUACUUAUUAAUAAAGAUUGCAUUGCUAAAAUGCUAUUCGCUUUAUAAAUA